AUGUUAAUAGUUGAUAAAUGUUUACAAACAGGAGGCGAUCCGGCUCAUAAUUUUUUCAUAAUCGCUCAAGAAAUCGGUGUUGCCCACAAUUCUGUCUGCAUGGUCUGGAGGGAGUUUUGCCAACGGCAACGUAUUAAUCCGCUACCAAAAGGAGGAGAUCACAGUAGAAAGCUGUCGGACGGUGAUCUUGAACUUAUUGAACUGCUUAAAAGAGUAAAGGGUUCUACGCAAUUAAGCGAGAUAUAUUCUGUGCUCGAAGAAGUUGGAGACGUCGAAAGCAUCAGUUUAUCCUCUAUUUCGAGGGCUAUCAAAUCGAAACUUUUAUCCG